AUGUCUGGCCCCGUCGCUCGGCUGGCGAAUCUCAAGCUUGGUGGCGCCCAGCAACCUCGACAAUCUCCCCUACCCGCUUCAAAUGUUGCUUCCGGCCAAGCUUCAAGAAAUGCUGACAAUGUUCCAAGCGCGGAUUUGGGCCUUAUCGGCCUCGCUGUCAUGGGACAGAACCUCAUCAUGAACAUGGCUGACCAUGGUUUCACAAUUUGCGCAUUCAACCGAACUGUAUCAAAAGUCGACCGAUUCCUGGAGAACGAGGCCAAGGGCAAGUCCAUUGUUGGUGCUCACACCGUCGAGGAGUUUGUUAGCAAGCUCAAGUCCCCUCGCCGUGUCAUGCUCCUCGUCCAGGCUGGUCAGGCCGUCGAUGACUGGAUCGAGAAGCUUCUGCCCCUUCUGGAGAAGGGCGACAUCAUCAUUGAUGGUGGUAACUCUCACUUCCCCGACUCCAACCGCCGCACCAAGUACCUGGUCAGCAAGGGUAUCCGAUUUGUCGGAUCCGGUGUCUCCGGUGGUGAGGAGGGUGCCCGCUACGGCCCUUCUCUGAUGCCCGGUGGUAACGAGGAAGCCUGGCCUCACAUCAAGGACAUUUUCCAGAGCAUCGCUGCCAAGAGCGAUGGCGAGCCCUGCUGUGAAUGGGUCGGUGACGAAGGUGCUGGCCACUACGUCAAGAUGGUUCACAACGGCAUCGAGUAUGGUGACAUGCAGCUCAUUUGCGAGGCCUACGACAUCAUGAAGCGUGGUCUUGGUCUCUCCAACAAGGAGAUUGGUGACGUCUUCACAAAGUGGAACAAGGGUGUUUUGGACUCUUUCCUGAUUGAGAUUACCCGCGACAUCAUGUACUACAAUGACGAGGAUGGCAAGCCCCUGGUUGAGAAGAUUCUUGACCAGGCCGGCCAGAAGGGUACCGGCAAGUGGACUGCCGUCAACGCCUUGGACUUGGGUAUGCCGGUUACCCUGAUUGCCGAGGCUGUCUUGGCCCGCUGCCUGUCUGCCAUCAAGCCUGAGCGAGUUGAGGCUUCCACCAAGCUUCAGUACGUCUCUCGCGGCAGCGGCAAGUUUGAGGGCAACAAGGAGCAGUUCCUCGAGGACCUUGAGCAGGCUCUGUAUGCCUCCAAGAUUAUUUCUUAUGCCCAGGGCUUCAUGCUGAUGCAGGAGGCGGCCAGAGAGUUCGGCUGGAAGCUGAACAAGCCUUCGAUUGCCCUCAUGUGGCGUGGUGGCUGCAUCAUCCGCUCCGUCUUCUUGAAGGACAUUACCGCCGCCUACCGCAACAACCCCGACCUGAAGAACCUGCUCUUCGACGACUUCUUCAACAAGGCUAUUCACAAGGCCCAGCCCGGCUGGAGAGACGUUGUCUCCAAGGCCGCCGAGCUCGGUAUCCCUACUCCCGCCUUCUCUACUGCUCUGUCCUGGUUUGAUGGCUACCGCACCAAGGACUUGCCCGCCAACCUCCUCCAAGCCCAGCGUGACUACUUUGGUGCCCACACUUUCCGCGUCAAGCCUGAAUUCGCCAGCAGCAAGUACCCCGAGGGCAAAGAUGUCCACGAAAACUGGACUGGCCGUGGUGGCAACGUCUCUGCCUCCACUUACCAGGCAUAA